ACAGAGACACACCUGGAGUGCUUACUAAAAGAUCUUGGUUUAAAGCAGUACUACAAAGAUAAACUGUCACUGAGCAAAAUACUUGCGAUUGAUAAGAUGACCAUCACUGAUGAACCUGCCAAGAGUAACUCAGACUUUCCAUGGUAUUUUCUAAAGAAACUGAUGAUGGUUAAUGUGGCAGCUCGGAAUAUGACAUGUACAUCGGAUUGUGAGUCUGAUGAUGAAUCAGAGAAUGCAGAGGAUUCUGACAGUUCAAACACAGAUCACAGGCCAAACCCACUUGACAUAAUCACUGCUCUCUUUCUGUGUUCUGAUGAUUUUGUACAGCAGGAAAUGGCACGAAAAAUGUCCACAUGUCAGUUCUCUGUUCCUCUGCUGCUUCCAAAUUGUGAUACAAAACAGUGCACACUCAUGCUGUGGGCCAUGAGAGACAUUGUUAAAAAGUACAGACCUCAGUUUUGUUCUGAAUCCAAGAGCUUCAUUGAAGAAAGAAUCGUUCUCUCUGAACUUCCAAUGAUCUCUUUUGUCAGACUGGGUGAGUGCUCCUUGUCCAAGUCAGAGAUUCUCAAUAAGCUUCUGAGCAAUUCUCAGCAGUACCAUGACACCUUUGUUCACUACAACAUGGAGUGUGGUGACAGUCCAAGAGCAAUAUCCAACGGAAUUACUGAAAUUACUUGGUAUCUUCCUUGUGGAAACACAAACAUUGAUAUUUUCAGUAAACCAGUGGCUGUAGCUAACCUUCGUGGGGACAUUGCUUCUUUUAAAACACAAUACUCCUUUCUGUGUCAGACAUCUGCAGCAGUUUUUGUGUUCUUUGACCAGCUGGACUCUGAGUGCAGUCUACUUACCAACCAACACCACAAGGCACAAAUCUUCUUAGUGGGUAAUGGUGAGAGCAAAUGCUGCACUUCAGAUGCUUUAAAGGAAGUAGAAAAUAAAUUGGGCUUAACUAAGAACAAUAUCAUUAUUAGGAAGAAACAGAAAAAUAAUGCAGACUUCGUGAAAAGCUUCAGAAAAAAAGUCAGAGAUGUAGUUGAACACUCAGAAAUGAAGAUGACAAUUGAGCAGAUGGCAGACAUUGCCCAUAAACUGGGAAUCCUGGUUGAUGAAAACUCUCCAGAGUGCCAGACUGGAAAGAAAAACGCUGAAGCCAUCACUGUUGAAAUUCAAGACAUCCUUAAGUACAAAGAAGAUCAGCUUCGAUGUCAAGGUGAAAUAUGGAAAGAACUGGCCAGCUUAGAAAAAGAAGAAUUUCGGCUUAGAAAACUUGGCUCUAAAAAUAUAGAAGAUUACAAAAGUGAACUUAAAAAACACAGAGAAGAACUGCGGAAAAAGCAGAAUUCUUACGACAUGUCAACAGCUAUGACAUGUUUCAUCAAUGCAAUAUCAAGCCCAGGAACAGAGAGGUUUUAUUUCCUGAAAUGGAUGCGAAUGAACCUGGACAACUUGUCUCGUGUAAAACUGUCUGAACUUCAGGAGAAAUAUAAAGAAAAAUGCAAGAACUCUGAGAACAAAGAGGAGAUCAAGGAAAUUGACAGACAAAUUUCCAGCAGCUCACUGGGGACUGAACACUUCUUCCGUGAAAUGGGUCAGAUCUAUGAAGCUUCACUGUCCCUUCCACAAACAGAUAUAGCACGUCAACAGCUGCAGAAUCUGCCCAAACUGUGUGCAGAGUUGUUGCUUGAUGGAUUUCCUCUUGAGCUUGUAGAUGGAGAUGCAUCCAACAUCCCUCUCAGAUGGGUGAGUGAUGUUCUCUCUCAGCUCAGUGACUUGGUGUCUCCAAACAGAAAGAUCCUGGUAGUCACAGUUAGCUUCACUGAUGUGAUGGAGUACAGUCCAGACACUGGGAACUGGUACAUUCCUGGACUCUGGAAUGGAAACCCACCAAUGGCACCAGUUAAUGCAGGCUACAGUGAGGCUGUAUAUGAGCUCAAGAAACACAUCAUCCAACUGCUGGGAAACUGUGAGUCAUCUGCUAAUAAUAUCUCUGAGUUUAAAGAGUGGGUGAUAAGUCUGUGGACUGGAGUAAAGCAUGAAAACUUCAUCUUCAGCUUCAGAAACAGCCUCGUAGCUGAUGCAUACAUGAGACUCUGCACAGAAUUCAACAAAUGGGAGUGGGAAUUCAAAAAAGAAAUAUACACCUGGGUAACAAACGCAGAAACAAGAAUUUCCAAUUUUGGUACAAUUGCAGCAAAAUCUGAAUCUUCUGACAUGAGAGAAUUUCUCACAUGUUUGAAAAGUGAAGCCUCCACAGUGCUGUCUACAUGGGAGACAAGACUUCUAGAAAAUUUGACACAGUAUUUCGAGCAAACAGAGGGUCAUGUUUAUCUUGUAGAAGGAUACAGAGAGGAAUUCUCAAAUAGUGCAAAGUGCCUUCGGCGUGAAAUGGAGAGAUCUGUAUUUAAUCAGCUCACAGCAGCAGCAGAAAACAGAGAGGGAAUGAUAGAAAUUGAUAAAAUCAAAGAAAAUCAUGCACAAGAGAUUGAAAAGGCAGUCCAUGUGUUAAUAGAUACAUGCAGAAAGAAAAAAGCCCAGAUGACAGACAAAGAGCUGGAAAAAGAGUUUGAUAAGAUGUGGAAAGAAACUCUGAAGAAACUUUCUUUUUCUGAACAAAAGAUCACAAAUGUCUUCACCAGCGUAUCUCACUACCUGAGAAUCAAUCUGUCACACAAGGGGAGUCAUGCAUGUAAAUUAUUAUUUCAAAAAAGUCUGCAGGAUUGUGGAAGAGAGCCUUUCAAAUAUACAAGUGAGAACCUACUUCACAAAGCUACACAUGCAAUGGGCAGAGUGGCUAAGUGGUUCAACAUUCAAGAUCACAUAAUGGCUGUACAAAAACUCGCUGACAGCAUCAUAGAUGUUUGCACUCAGUUUGUGACAGAAAAAGUGAAAAGAAAAAAAAAUUACUCUGACACUUAUAUCCAGGAGAUUCUACACAAGAUUGAUGAAAAACUACAAAAUAAUCAAGAUGUUCAGACAGACAUUAAGUUUGAAGUUUCCCUGAAACAGCACAUCUGUGGAUUUGCAGCCAGAGAGUUUCAGAACAUGCAUGAAGAUUUCAUCCAAGAAAAUGAUCCCUACAGAUGUCUGACGAAAAACAUGAAAAAGUUUCGUGAUGAUUUCAUUGAUGUGUACCAUGAAAGAGACCAGUGUCAGAAGAAGGCAGAAGAAUUCACCAACAAGUGUUUGAAGCCUGCUGUUGAAGACUUUAUCAGUUUGUUCCUGGGACCUGAUAUCACUGGUGAAAUGCUGACAUGUGAGCAGUUCAGCAAUCGAAUGUCCUUCCAGUAUUCAGUUUUACUGGAUUUACUUUCAAAGGAUGAUUUUAAAAACUAUGUGAGCUAUAUUGACUCAUAUGAGAAGUAUGUCAAGACAUGGAUACUCAACAAAAUAGUGGAGCGUUUUUCAACUAAGUCCACAAUAUCUGAGUUUGAGGACCGACAUCUUAAUUCAUGUAUCAAAAGCAUAAAUGAUGCCAUCAACAAAGCCAAGAAAGAAAAGAGUGAUGAACUGAAGACAUUUAUUGAAGAUAUUUGUAAAGAACUUCGUGAUAAACUGGUCAUUUCCCAGGAUGCUCUUGGUGCUUUCAUGAUGCUGAACAAUGCUGACAAGGAACAGUUUGCUGACUGGCUCAUGACGUCUGUGAAUGAGAUGGAACAAGAUCUUAAAAUGAAGUUUAAAAAUGUAAACAUUGAAAUGAAACUACAGCAUCUCCAUGUGCAGCCCCAGAAUGAGCUUUUCAACAAACUGGUUGGUUGUGGCAAACAGUGUCCAUUCUGCAAAGCUCCCUGUGAUGCUGGAGGAGAAGGUCAUACUGAGCACUUUGCUUCACUGCAUCGGCCAGAGGGUCUGGGUAACUACAGGUGGCUAGAAACACAAAAACUUGUCACUGACAUAUGCUCCUCUCUCAUUGUCAGUGACAAGCGUUUUCGCUGCAGUGCCACAAACCAGGAAUGGCACCCGUACAAGAGUUACAAGGAAAUUUACCCAGACUGGAAAAUCCCUCCAGAUGUGAGCCUUGAGGCAUCUGACUACUGGAAAUUUAUAAUGGAAAAGUACAACAAUGAUUUUGCCAAAGAAUAUAAAGCAGAACCUGCUGAUAUUCCUGAAGCUUGGAGAGGAAUUACAAAAGAGCAGGCAGAAAAAAGUCUCAAAGAAUCAUUUAACAUCAAGUAA